AUGACAAUCGACAAGUCUUGGACCACUUUGCGAAAUCGUAGAUGUCCACAAUAUUGGGAUGGUCUAAAUGCAUUUUUAGAGAUGGCCUCGAAAUGUAAAGAUUGUGAUGGUAGAAUUAGGUGCCCUUGUGUAAGAUGUGUGAACAAUAGGCUUCAAACUUUACCUGUUGUGAAAGCACACAUAUUCGAUUGGGGUUUUUUUACUGGUUACGAGAUGUGGACUUACCACGGUGAAGCAGAAUCUAGUGCCACUAAUGCAAUGAAUGACAAUGAUGCCGCUGAUGAUGAUUCUAAAAUUGACGAGAUGAUUCCGAUAGUGGAUGACUUCCUUCAGCCGUCAUUCAAAAUUGAUGAUAAUCCAGAUGCAAAUCAAUGGCGCGACGAAUUAUUUGAAGAGAUUGAGGCUGAGUUGUAUCCUGGUUGUGAUUGGAUAUCUUCUCUUAACGUUUUGGCAAAGUUAUUGCAUUUGAAAGUUAGGGGAAAGAUUUCUAACAACAUAUUUGAUGAUUUACUGAAGUUAUUAAAAUUAGCUUUUCCAAAGGAAAAUAAAAUUCCAUCAAACUAUUAUGAUGCCAAGAAAAGAUUGAAAAAAUUAGGGUUGGGGUAUGAGUCAAUUCAUGUGUGCAAGCACAAUUGCUGUUUAUUUUACAAUGAACAUGCAAAUAAAGAUUCAUGUCCAGUUUGUGGCACUAGUAGAUGGAUAACUUCAGAAUAUUCAGGAGCAAAAAAGGUGCCUCAUAAGGUGAUGUGUUACUUUCCGUUAAUUCCGCGACUGAAGAGACUGUAUACUUCAAGGCAUACAGCAAAAUACAUGGUAUGGCACCACAAUGGUAAAUCGAAAGAUGAAGGUGUGAUGCGACACCCUGUGGAUGGAGCAGCGUGGAAGGACUUUGAUGCCAAACAUCCUGAUUUUGCUAGUGAACCUUGA